AUGUAUCGAUCAGCAAACGUCGCGCAUCAGUUCCGUCACGUGACUCGGACGAUGUCAAGUCACGUGAUCCGCGGGGCGGAAGUGAGCACAGAUCCAUCAUGGCGGCGGGACGGAGGAGUCGUCUGUGACGUGUGGGCGGUGAAACGGUUGUUUUGUCUCGUGAGGAACGUGAGACUGACCCGGCGGUAUGGACCCGUGAGGAGAGGCCACGAAGAAGAAGAGCUGUGGACAGAAGAAGACGACGACGACGACGCGUCGCUCCUGACUCAUCCUCCAGCAGUCGACAUGUCUCCGGCCGAUCCCACGUCCGACUCGACGCCGUUCUUCUCCGACGACAGCGAGGCGGAGGGUCCGGAGGAGCAGGGCGGGGCGGCGGUGCCCCGGGAGGAGGAGCCUCCCAGCGGUGUGUCCAGAGUCCGAGCGCUGCUGACCGUCUUCAUCCUCUGUUACAUCAACCUGCUCAACUACAUGGACCGCUUCACUGUGGCAGGUGUUCUCCCUGACAUUGAGCAUUACUUUGGGAUCGACGAUGGGAAAUCUGGUUUACUCCAAACUGUGUUCAUCUGCAGCUACAUGUUCCUGGCUCCGUUCUUCGGUUACCUGGGCGACAGGUACAACAGGAAGAUCAUCAUGAGCGUCGGAAUCGCGUUCUGGUCCUUGGUGACGCUCGCCAGCUCCUACACGCCCAGAGAACAUUUCUGGCUCUUGUUGUUGACGCGCGGCCUGGUCGGCGUCGGCGAGGCCAGUUACUCCACCAUCGCUCCGACCAUCAUCGCCGACCUGUACGUGAAGGGGAAGAGGACCAACAUGCUGUCCAUCUUCUACUUCGCCAUUCCCGUCGGCAGUGGUCUCGGAUACAUCGUGGGCUCGCAGGUCGGGUACAUCGCGCAGGACUGGCACUGGGCUCUGAGGGUGACUCCGGCUCUCGGGCUGAUCGCAGUGAUCCUGCUGCUGUUUGUGGUUCAGGAGCCGAAACGCGGCGCCAUCGAGGCUCGACCCGAGCACCACCUGCACCGGACCAGCUGGCUGACGGACCUGCAGGCGCUGAGCAGGAACUACAGCUUCGUGUUGUCAACCCUCGGCUUCACCGCCGUGGCGUUCGUCACCGGCUCUCUGGCUCUUUGGGCCCCGACGUUCCUCCUGAGGGCGGCCAUCUUUACUGGGGUCAAGGCUCCGUGUGUGGACGGACACUGCUCCUCCUCGGACAGUCUGAUUUUCGGGGCCAUCACCUGCGUCACCGGCGUGCUGGGCGUGGCCAGCGGCGUGCAGGUGAGUCGGCAACUAAGGAAGAAGACGGCCAGAGCGGAUCCGCUGGUCUGCGCCGCGGGUCUGCUUCUCUCUGCGCCUUUCCUCUACCUGGCCAUCGUCUUCGCUGAAUCCAGCACCAUCGCCACUUACGUUUUCAUCUUCCUCGGAGAAACGUUCCUGAGCAUGAAUUGGGCCAUCGUGGCCGAUAUUCUGCUGUACGUGGUCGUUCCCACUCGUCGCUCCACAGCCGAGGCUUUUCAGAUCGUCAUCGCUCACCUGCUGGGAGACGCCGGGAGCCCCUACCUGAUCGGAGUGGUGUCCGACUCCCUGAGGAGGAGCGACUCGUUCCUCUGGCAGUUCCGCUCGCUGCAGCUCUCUCUGCUACUCUGCUCCUUCGCGGCCGUGGUGGGCGGAGCUUUCUUCCUCGCCACCGCCCUCUUCAUUGAAAGAGACCGAGAUCGGGCGGAGAACUACGUCUCUACAGAUGACGAGCCGAUCGUGGUUCCGAGCAGUGGCCGGUCGACCCGGGUGCCGGUGUCCAGCGUCCUGAUCUGACCUCUGACCUCUGACCUCUGACCUGCUCCUUCACACAUGAGGUCCUUCAUCACUUUUUAUGAUUUUAUUUUUCUUCUAAUGGACUGAUUCUGCCGUGCAGAAACAUUUUAAGGAAGAGUUUUAUUUUAAAAUAUUUUUGUGCAGAAACAUUUUUUUUAUAACUUUGCGACGCAGCGUCGUCGCUCUGGGAGAUGUUUUUGAAUUCUCUCUCUGCGGGUUUUUUAAUUUUCAGCGUGAAAUGUUUUCAGUGAUGAGGAGAAACGGACGCUGCUCUGUGGAUUAUGUUUUAAUUCAUUCUUAUUAUUCUUAUAUAUGAUACAUAUCCUCAGAAUAACAACAACCCAAAAACAAGAGAAACUGUUUUAAUCACUGGUCAUAAAGUUUGUUUCAGUCAUAACACUAACCUUCAAACAGUUUAAUAACAGUCGCCUCAUCAUCUCUGUUUUGUAAUCUUUUUAUUUUCAAGGUUCAUUAGAUAUUUUAAUCCAGUUUCUUUUGGUUUAAAGAACUUUUGGUUUUCAGAGCUCAAUGCUGCAGAAAUGUGUUUUUAUUGGUUAUUUAAAAACUAAUUAAAAGCUUUUGAAUGAAUAUUAUUUAAUCAAAGUUGUUUAACCUCAAAUGAUUUUAGCGAGUCUUUUGUUUGUGUGAAAUAUUAAAGGACAUUUCGCUGAAGGUGAA